AACAAAAUUAAGUUAUAGUAAGAGUAAGAGUAAGAGUGACGAAAGAAAAAAUGGGUUGCAAUAUCAUGAAUUUCUCUACCACUUCUUCUUCAUCUUCUUUGAAGGGACUGUGCAGUCCAAUUCCAAAUAAUAAUAAUCAUAAUCAGAAGAAUAAGCUACAAAAAGCGCUUUCAUCUUCUUCUUCUUCUUCUUCUUCAUUUUCACUUCGUUCUUCUUCUUCAAAUGUCUUUUCUCUUCGUUCAUCCUCUUCGCGACCCUUUUCUCAUUCUUCUAUGAUUGUGAAAGCGGUGGCGAAGACGGUGGAGGAGCCACUUCAUGUUAUGAUUUCCGGUGCACCUGCUUCUGGUAAAGGAACUCAAUGUCACCUUAUCACCAAUAAAUACGGUUUGGUGCAUGUUGCUGCUGGAGAUUUACUUAGGGCGGAAAUUGAAACCGGAAGUGAAAAUGGAAAGCGUGCGAAAGAAUAUAUGGAGAAGGGACAGUUGGUCCCUGAUGAAAUAGUUGUCAUGAUGGUGAAAGAUCGUCUCUUGAAGCCAGAUUCUGUAGAGAAUGGUUGGCUUUUGGAUGGAUAUCCCAGGAGCUUAUCGCAGGCUACUGCACUUAAGGAAUUAGGGUUUAAACCUGAUAUUUUUAUUCUUCUAGAGGUCUCUGAAGAUAUUCUUGUGGAGAGAGUAGUUGGAAGGAGAUUAGAUCCUGUUACUGGGAAGAUAUAUCAUUUGAAGUAUUCUCCUCCAGAAACAAAAGAAAUUGCAGAUAGGCUCACCCAACGUUUUGAUGAUACUGAAGAGAAGGUAAAGUUGCGAUUGAACACCCAUCAUCAAAAUGUGGAGGCAGUCCUUUCCAUGUAUAAAGAUAUAACCAUUAAGAUUAAUGGAAAUUCCUCUCAGAAGGAAGUAUUUGCUCAAAUUGAUGGCGCACUUACAACUCUUCUAGAGCAAAGGAAAGCUUCUUCAGAAUCUAUGGUUGCAUAGAAGAACAUUGUUUGACGUUUUGAUUUAGCAUGGUGUCUGUUUGAUUUAACAUGGUGCCUUGCUGAAGGUAAUGUAUUUUAAACUAUAUUUAUUCAUUCAGUUAAAAGAGUCGAGAUAAGUUUCAUUUCAUUGUUUAGAUUGAUAGUACAAAGUUGUAUUGGACCUCAUAGUUUAUUUUACGAGUUCAUUUGAGUGUGAAAAUGAAGAAUGUAGCAAGUCAUAGUUUGUUGGUUUGGUUCCUCCUGUUACUGGUGGUCCAUACGUUCUGUUCUUUACCAUUUUCUGUAUAUCAUUAUUUGAAAUUAUGUACUUAUUUGAUUUGCCAAGGGAAAUAAAAGAAUAAGGAAAAUAAUCUGUUCAAUGUUA